AUGGAUGCAGUGAUAGAGGUGGCUAUGGAGCUUUCGAUGGAUGUAAUGUGGAGUGAUGGUAGAAGUGAUGGUAGAUAUGAUGAUAGUCGGCGAUUCGAUGGUGAUGGUGGUGAUGAAAAGUUUUGGGCAAUUCGUGGGAAAUAA